UCAACAGGCAGGGCGCGGCUACUCCGUGCCUCUAGCCCGAGUGACUCGGGUUUGUUGCCUGCCUGGCUUCCUCCCGAUUCAGCCAGAACAAGUCUGGAAUGUGUUGUACCCACUAGAUCUAAAGAGCAAAAUAGGUUCAGUGUGAGGAGUGCAAGUGCGUUGCAGCGUUGCAGCAACGACCACCGGGAUACCAAGCACGCGCUGCUGCCAAACCAAGACACACCGUUUACAAGUGACGUCUUUUCUACGGGCUGGCCCGCACGAUGCCCGCGACAAGCACCAUCCCGCUCGAUGACUUGCCGGGAGCGCCGGAACAUGCCGAUGCCCUGUUCGCCUUUUCUGUGCACGGCUUGGGAGGUUCGAAGAUCGCAGCGAACAAGAGCCUGAGGGGCAUGAUGGCUUCCGAAGUCUCGCCGCCGCAGCAGCAGCAGCAGCAGCAGCAGAAGGAGGCGCCCAAGAAGGGCUGGCUCUCCUCCCUCAACACCGCCGUGGUCGGCGAAAGACAAGAGGUUGUCACACUGAUGUUGACUGUCUCAGCGAGCGAGGAAACAUCAACAACGCCGGCCCCCGGAGGCGGGGGUAUGCCAGGGAUGCCCGCCCCGCCCGCCCUUGCUCGCCGGUCGACGGGAGACCGGCCUCCCUCCGGAGUGCCGGCGAGAUCGGCGAUGCUGCUCGCCGGCGGCAGACCUACCACCCCCACCGUUUUUUACCAGUCGGAGCACAGGACCUUCGGGCAGCAACCCGUGUCGCCCGCCGCCGUUAGCCGAUCGACAUCCCCGUUAGGGUUUCCAGACGGCGGAGGGGAGGGUAGGAUGGAGGGAGGAAAGCAGCGGCCGAUGACCAUGUCGGAGGAGGGGAUUGUGCAUUUUUCGAUCCCCGCGAGGGUUCCAGGGAAUAGGAGUCCUGGGACGAACGGAGGCGGGGACGGGGAGGGGGAAGAAGAAACGACGGCUGUUUUUGUGGUGGAGCUGUGGCAGGUCGUCAACCGUUCUCGUCGGGCCCUGUGGGGAUCGCUAACACUGACCUGGGAUAACCUGAUGGCCGUGCCAGCGAGCCCACGAAAGUGCGGCGUGUUUAGCGGGCUUCAGUCCGAGCGGUACCCAUCAGCCUUCCUUGCGGUCAGGCGGGUUUGUCCGCCGCUCCCGCGGCCCCUGUCCAUGUCCCCGAGGGGAGUCUCCAACCCGGCCGUCGAGAAGUUCAACCCCAUGGUCACCUUCUUUACUGCCAUCAGACAGCUCGUUAACGGCGUCCGCGGAGGAGUGGGAGCUGGUGGUGUGCCAGGAGCUUGCUGUGGAGGGAAUGUAUACCUUCAAGGCGAGUGCAUCCCGCUGCAGUUCCUUUUCCCGGUGCACAACUCCGUCAAGCACGCAGCCCUGGCGUGGCGCGCAAGGGCAAGGAAGGAGCGAAACCGGCAGGGUCUCUUCUCGACAGACGAGGAGGCGUUCGCCCACGGCAUGGUCGUGGUCCACGUGAGCGUCUCCAGGGCUAGGGGGCUGGGUCCCAUCGCGGCUGCGGCCGCGGCUGCCGCUGCCACCGCCGGGGCACCGCAGAGUGCGCAGCUGGUGGGGGGUGGGGCUGAUGCUGGUGGUAGGGCAACGUCUAACAACCAGGGGCAGUCGUCUCUCGUAAGGAAGGCGUCUUUUGGGGCCCGAGGAGGAAGAGGGGGGUUACCGGCGACUGGCGGGGGCAGGGGGGGUCUGGGGGGCCUGGGAAUCGAGGGGGCCAAGGUGUCUUCCUCAAUGAAGGCGUUCGGGGGAAGGAUGAAGGGGAUGGGGGUCAAGGCGGUGGCGAUGGCGAGGAUAGCGUCGCAGGCGAGCCCGGCGGCGCACCUAAGGCUCGGCGCUGUCUCCUCCGAGGAGAAGAUUCUUCGACAGGUGGUGUGA